AUGGAGGCCCUUGGGAAGCUCUUCUGCAGACAAAGGCAAGUCGUUUUAUUCUUUGUCCUCUUAGGCUUAUCACAGGGCGGUAUAGAACCUAUGCGCUAUUCUGUGGUGGAGGAAACUGAAGGGAGCUCCUUUGUAACCAAUAUGGCAAAGGACCUGGGUCUGGGUCAAAGGGAACUCUCCAAGCGGGGGGUGAGGGUUAUUUCCAAAGGGAACAAACUACAUAUGAAGUUGGAUCAGGAGACUGGAGAUUUGUUGCUAAAUGAGAAACUGGACCGUGAGGAAUUGUGCGGUCACACAGAUCCCUGUGUGCUGCGUUUCCAGGUGUUGCUAGAAAAUCCCUUAGAGGUUUUUCAAGCUGAGCUACAAGUAAUAGACAUAAAUGAUCAUUCCCCAGUAUUCAUAGACAGAGAUAUGUUGCUAAAAAUAUCAGAGAGCAGUCCACCUGGAACUACAUUUCCACUGAAGAACGCUCAGGAUGUGGACGUAGGCCAAAAUAAUAUUGAGAGCUAUAUAAUUAGCCCCAACUCUUAUUUUCACAUCCUCACCCGUAAGCGCAGUGAUGGCAGCAGAUAUCCUGAGCUGGUGCUGGACAAAGCGUUAGAUCGAGAGCAGGAACCAGAGCUCAGGUUAACCCUUACAGCUCAGGAUGGCGGCUCUCCACCCAGGUCUGGCACUGUUCAGAUCAAUAUUGAAGUCAUGGACGUCAAUGAUAACGCCCCUAAAUUUGAGCAGCCUCUCUAUAGGGUGCAGGUUUCUGAGGACAGUCCCAUAGGCUUCCUGAUUGUCACAGUCUCUGCAACGGAUGCAGACAUAGGAGUCCACGGAGAGAUUUCCUAUUCACUUUUCCAGGCUUCUGAAGAAAUUUGCAAAACCUUUGAGAUCAAUCCCAUGACAGGAGAAAUUCGACUUAAAAAACAACUUGAUUUUGAAAGAAUACAGUUCUAUGAGGUCAAUAUUGAGGCCAGAGAUGCUGGCAGCUUUUCUGGAAAAUGUACCAUUCUGACUCAAGUCUUGGAUGUGAACGACAAUGCCCCAGAAGUCACGGUGUCUGCAUUUACUAGACAGAUACCUGAGAAUUCGCCUGAGGUUAUGGUUGCAGUUCUCAGCGUCUCAGACCUUGAUUCUGAAGAAAAUGGGAAAAUAAACUGCACCAUUCAGGACGAUAUCCCCUUUCUCUUGAAAUCUUCCUUGGAAAAUUUUUACACCCUAGUAACAAAGAGACCACUGGACAGAGAGAGCAAAUCCGAGUACAACAUCACCAUCACCAUCACUGACUUGGGGACCCCCAGGCUGAAAACCAAACUCAACUUAACGGUGACGGUCUCCGACGUCAACGACAACGCCCCCGCCUUCAGCCAAACCACCUACACCCUGCGGGUCCGCGAGAACAACAGCCCCGCGCUGCACAUCGGCAGCGUCAGCGCCACAGACAGCGACGCGGGCGCCAACGCCCAGGUCACCUACUCGCUGCUGCCGCCCCAGGACCCGCAGCUGCCCCUGGCCUCCCUGUCCGUGUCGUCGCUCUUCCUGUUCUCGGUGCUGGUGUUCGUGGCGGUGCGGCUGUGCAGGCGGAGCCGGGCGGCGUCGGCGGGCCGCUGCCCGGUGCCCGAGGGCCACUUUCCGGGCCACCUGGUGGACGUCAGCGGCACGGGGACGCUGUCCCAGAGCUACCAGUAUGAGGGCCACUCCCCUGGGCCAGAAAUAGAAGACAACGCCAACUUUAGGAAUGACUUUGGUUUUAGUAUUCAGUGAAUGUAUUGUGUUUCAUAUUACAGAUAUUUUAAAUUGGUAAGUUCAAGAUAUGGAUUUUCUGGCAGCCUGUUAAGAAAUUUUCAAUCGCAGUAAUCUUGCUUGCAAAAUA